CGCGCCCUGAUCACCCACUUCUAUUUAAAAAACUCCUCAACAUUAAUAAAUCCUCAUUAUCCUAUCACUGCCCUGCGUCAAAUAGAUAAUGGCCGGCUCCUCCGUCCUCCUCCUCCUCUUAUUCAUCUCGAUCUCAACCGUCCAUUCCUCUGACUCCACUGCUCUCCGCCGUGUAAUCUCCGACCUCGGACUCCACUCCCACGCCGAGCACCCCUGCCAAACUUCGGGCGUCACGUGCCAGUCACGUGGGUCAAUUCUUUUCACAACGCGGAUCCGACUACCUUCCCGCCGGCUGAGCGGGUCUAUGCCCGCAUCUGUUGGCCUCUUAUCGGAGCUCCGUGAGCUCUCCCUCCCCAACAAUCGUCUCUCUGGCGCCUUCCCCUCCGAGAUCGCCAACUGCGUGAAGCUUGAAACUCUCAACCUCCGGAACAAUCGCCUUUCCGGCGGGGUCCCAAUUGAAGUCUCCUCCCUCCUCCGCCUCCGUAGCCUUGACCUCUCCUCUAAUAGGCUCUCUGGCGAUCUCAACUUCUUGGUCCACUUCCCCAACCUCGAAAAUCUCUCUCUUGCAGAUAAUUUCUUCUCCGGUCGAAUUCCUUUAACUCUCUCCUCAUUCCGAAACCUCGUGUCGAUAGACCUUUCGGGCAAUCAAAACCUCCACGGAGAUGUUCCUCGGCUUGAAAACUCUCUCCGGCGAAGCCUGCUGCAAAAUCGUUACUUGACUGAGUCUGGGCAUAAUUUGACGAAAAGUCAUGGCGGAGGUUCUAUUGUCGCUGCUCCAGCCCUAUCUCCCUUGCCCUCUCCCCAUCAUCAGGACAAGAACAAGAACAAAGUCCGUAAUUGGAUCUUAGGAUUCAUCGCGGGUGUGCUAGCUGGCAUGGUUUGCGGCCUUUCGAUGACAAUUUUCUUCCGAGUGAGCCUCAACUGCAUCCGUGGGCGAUACAAGAACUCUGGCGGCCCUUCAAUCUUCAGUCCUAUUAUAAAGAACGUGGGCGAUCUCUCCUUUUUGGAGAAGGACGAUGCAAUCUCCUCGUUAGAAAUCAUCGGUAGAGGCGGCUGCGGCGAGGUCUACAGGGCUGAGCUCCCCAACAACCCCGGCAAGUUGAUCGCGAUCAAGAAGAUCAAUAAGACGAUCGACAGAGAACCAUGUGAAGAAGAGAGCAAGCAGCUUAACAAGGCCAUGAAGCAAAUGCGAGCAGAGAUCCAGACCGUUGGCCACAUCCGCCACCGUAACUUGCUCCCUCUAAUAGCGCACGUGGCCCGUGCCGACUGCUCUUUCCUUGUCUACGAAUUCAUGAACAAUGGAAGCCUGCACGAUGCCAUCAAAAGAGUCUCAGAAGGAAGCACAGAAUUGGGCUGGAAUGUCAGGCUGAAUAUCGCCAAGGGGAUCGCUGCAGGUUUAGAAUAUCUCCACAUACAUCACAAGCCGCAUAUAAUCCAUCGGGAUUUGAAGCCUGCGAACAUAUUGUUAGAUGACAACAUGGAGGCUAGAAUCACUGAUUUUGGAUUGGCGAAGGAGCUCCCUGAUGCAAAUACGCACAUAACCGGAUCAAGUCUCGCCGGGACGUUCGGAUACAUCGCACCGGAGUAUCACGGAACGAUGAAGUUCACGACCAAAAGCGAUAUCUAUAGCUUUGGAGUGAUUCUGGCUGUUCUUGUGACGGGCAAGUUCCCGAAUGAUGAAUUCUUUGAGGAGACGGAUGAGAUGAGCGUGGUGAAAUGGCUGCAUAAUGUGAUGUCCUCGGGGGAUCCGACUCGAGCGAUCGAUCCGAGGUUAUUAGGGAAUGGGCACGAGGAGCAGAUGCUGCUGGUGCUGAGGAUUGCUUGCUUCUGCACGGUGACAGAGCCUAAGGACAGACCAAGCAGUAAAGAUGUGAGACUUAUGUUGGCUCAGAUUCAAAUCUAGUUGGUUUCCAAGUCCAGGAUGCUUGUGACUGCGAAUGUACGUGUAUAAAUAAUAGCAUCAAUUAGUGAUGAAUCUACUUAUAUAUGUUUCGGUUUUGUGCUAGAUUAAGCUGAGAGUAAUAUAAUCGUGUCAUGUAAGUUUGCUUUUACGGUGAACUAUUUGGUUUGAUGAACUUGAAAUUAUAAAUCGAAUUACAAUUUCCAAAAUAA